AUGGAAAGUGAGGCAGACCACGCUCAAGUCACCAAGAAUCAGCAUGCAGAUCUUGCAAGAAAGUUCAAGCUGCAUGGACCGAAAAUCGAACGGAUUUGGCGAAGCUUUGAUCAGAGUCAACGAGUGAAUGUUUUUAAAGUUAGUGUUGUAGAAGACAGAUAUUUGAAGCACUCAAAAGACCAAUCAGUAGGAGCCCGUUCGAAGUUCGUCCCCGAAAUGAAUCUGCAUGACAUAACUACGGAACCUCAAUAUCUACUUGAUCAUCUGAGACACCGAGCUACAACAUCUCUCCUGCAUCAAUAUAGAGUGGGUAUUCAUGAUGGACCAGGAGAUUGUAUGUUCGUCUUGGAGAAUAUGCGCGAUAAGAAUCUUCGCCAUACUCAUAGCUUCAAGCACUGUUUCACUGGUUCUUACGACGAAGAGACCUAUGGGAGAACUGUUGUUUCUCGAGAGGCUGACGAAUUGGUUCUCAACAGACAACUGCAUACCUUGAUACACCUGAAUACAUUAGUUGCGGGCAUUCUGGAUGCCGAACCUGCUACCAAAUCUACGAAACCACAGCCCAAAAAGUCAAAUAAGGCAGUUAUUUCUGCUCUUUCAAGCCUUUCCAUCGUUGACUGUCAAGAGAAGCUUUCGCUAGACGACAUAAUCAACAACUCACUCGACCAAAAAACCGCCGUGAGCGAUUAUCUGGUCUUCUGUUGCUCUGAAUCAUUUAUUCUUCAACAUAUGGUCAACGGCUGGUACUUCAGUCGACCGGAACUUAUACCUGAUGAGAAGGGACGAAUUCUCCCCUGGCUGGCCGAUAAGCACAUCAAUACUUCUAUCUUCGAGUUGAUACACAACAUGGCAACUGGAGUCGCAAUCUGGGAUCACAUACAUCGCCUUCUUCAACUUCUAGCAAAGAAGCCUGACGAUAAAAUUGCCAGUACAAUUUUGCUUCAGAAAGCAUCAAACGUAGCUCAUCUCGAGUUCUUCAGGGCACAGAAAGUCUUUAAACGCUACGCAGCCUUGGGAACAGGUAAAAAGUACUUCAAACGCGUCUCGGGAAAGUACGAUAAUGGAUCUGCACGAGUAUUACUCAAGCAAGAUCCAGAGCUUCUAACUGGGGAGAACCCACAACUUUCUUACGUGCUCCGUCUCUGCUCCCCUCGAAUUGACGUCACCAACGCACUUCCUUGGGUCAAGAAACUAGAAGAUCUUUAUCGUCUUCACCCCAUCGAGCUAUCCGAAAUGCAUGAUGCGGUCAUCGUCAGAUUUGUUGAAAUUCUUUCUGCAACUGUUACUCUGCCAGAAAAAAAUGCUAGAAGAGGACCGAUAUACGUAUCAAGACUCAAGAACUUGUUAGGCGAGCUUGAACCAUUAAAGCAUGAGGUUGAUCUUUUGAAAUUUGCAGUACCCAUGGAAAACCUUCUCGAGCCGGGAAUGAUCGAAGGCGCUAUUGAUGUCCUUGAUCAAUUUACAGCGGAACGUUUGGGCACGAGAACAGGAUUUCUGUACCAGGAUCUUGUUGACGAUUGCGUUUCUCAGGUUCAAGCUCACUAUAAUCAGCAGAAAGACAGAGUGGCACAGAUUGGGAAGAAGCCUCCCAAAAGUUUUGAAGACCCCGCCUACGAGACUAUGGGUCCAGAUAUCCUCAUUCAGCAACGAAGACAAAAGGACAAGACUCGACCCACCAAUGUCUCUCCUUAUGAUCUUACCCAAGAUGAUACUGAAUCUACACAAGCAGGAACCGAGGAGUUGCCUCGGAUAUUCAAAGCUAACAAAAACACGGCGCAGGUCUUCUCCACCAUGUUCGCCAAAUCUGAAGCCCGUGGUUCAGUCAGCUGGAUUUCAUUUGAAACUGCAAUGGUCGAUUUGGGGUUCUCUGUCAUUCCAAAAUUCGGAUGGGUAUACACUUUCUCUCCAGCAAAAAAGGAUGUGGGCCACGAGAAGUCCAUCACUUUUCACCGACCCCACAAGUCGGAGAUUGAAGGAUGGAAGUUGGUCAUGUUUACUAAUCGAUUGAAGAGGGUUUAUGGAUGGAAUGAACAAUCUUUCAAGGCUAUCUGA